AUGGCUGAAAGAAAAGAGGUUCAACUCCAAGGUCCCCGUCCGGCCGCCCUCAAGAUCACCAAAGACUCCCACAAGAUCGGCAAGCCGCCGCACCGGCCCGUCAUCAUCUACACCGUCUCCCCCAAGGUCAUCCACACCGACCCUACUCAAUUCAAGGACUUGGUCCAGCGUCUCACUGGCCACAAACCCUCCUCCCAUGACUCUCACCAUUCACCCAAUACAACGAUGAUUAUGAGUACCAAUCAUCAAGGAGCAGAAAGGGUAGGUCACGGAAUAUUAUCGCCAACACCAGGGUUGCUGCCGCCGAUUCCGACAAAUAUUUUCACUCCGACACCGCCGCAGUCAGCUGAGCUCAGCCCUCUUACCCACUUUUUUCGGGAUCUUAGCCCCAUAGCUCCGAAUCGAUUCUCGUCAUCGCUAGAUUUCUUCCAAAACUUCCCUGAUUUACAUUGA